AUGUUCUUUGCGGCCUCGGUUGUCUCUCACCUUCCCGUUUUUCCGAGGCACGGAACUUCUUGGGGACCUGGGAUUGAAGCAAGAAACAUUUGUUGCCCGAGACAGGACAUAGUAAACCACAAGGACCUACAAAGAACAUGGUUGUACAACAAAUGGAUGCAACUGCACUCACUACCACGACCGUUGUCCGGUAAUGAUAGCUGGACACGAGGCCUUCACACUGCUGAAAGUAUACAGAAACCUGAAAAAUCCAGACGCAAGAAACUGAUGUUUUGCUUACCUGGAUACUCACAAAGACAAUUCUUCUUGAAGCUCUUAUCCUCCAUUGGUCUCAGCCAUUUUGACGGCACUGAGCAAGUUCAAGUUCAAGUGAGACCGGAACA